CGCCAACUGUCAAUGUCAAAUUUCGACUUAGUAAACAAUAACUAAAAAAUCCAAUAUUUUUACAAUUUAUGAUUAUUUUACAUUAAAUCAAGCAAUUUUACUUCGAGAGCAUAAUUAAUUCUUGUAAUUGACAUAUCUUACUAAGCCAAUAAUUAGAUGGCGUUUCCUCAGCCAAAUGCACAAAGAGAGUUAACAAAUAGAAAAAUUUUGGAGGAACUACAAUUGAAAAAGCAGAUGCUAUUGAAACAAGGUGCUGUAGCUCCACUCACUGCCACCACAAUAUCUCUAACACAACCGAAUCCCGUAAGCCAGUUGCCUAUGUGUUCAAUACCACCACUAUCGGCAACUGCUGGCUUUCCUCAACUACCAGAGGCAAACAUAGUUAAUACAAGCCACAGGGCAGCUUUACAACACGCAAACGCAACAUCCUGUGGAUAUUUUGUGUCUCAGGAUUCCUCUUUUGGCAAUCAAAUAUUACCAGUGUUGCCCAGAUUUGAUAACAAGUAA